GCGCGCUCCCCCGUGUGACGUAGGCGGAAGGGCACGUCACCGUCCGGCGGAGGCUGAGGCGGCACCGCCGGGCCAGGAAAGGAGCUCUCAAUAAAAAAAUGUCGUGGAUCAGAGAGGGCGAGCUGACCAUCAUAGAGAGGUUCUGUGCCAACAUCAUUAAGGCAGGUCCAAUGCCCAAGCACGUUGCCUUCAUCAUGGAUGGCAAUCGCCGCUACGCCCAGAAGUGCCACGUGGAGAGGCAGCAGGGACAUUCCCAAGGCUUUGAUAAGCUGGCACAGACGCUGCGGUGGUGCCUGAACCUGGGCAUUCGGGAGGUGACAGUGUAUGCCUUCAGCAUUGAGAACUUCAAACGCUCCAAGGAGGAGGUGGAUGGGCUCAUGGACCUGGCCAGACAGAAGUUCAGCCGCCUCCUGGAGGAGCAGGAGAACCUGAAGAAGCACGGGGUGUGCAUCCGUGUCCUCGGGGAUCUGCCCCUCCUGCCCGUGGAUAUCCAGGAGCUGAUUGCCCAGGCUGUGCUGGCAACCAGGAACUACAACAAGUGCUUUCUGAACGUCUGCUUUGCUUACACAUCGAGACAUGAGAUCAGCAAUGCUGUCAGGGAGAUGGCCUGGGGGGUGGAGCAAGGACUGCUGGAGCCCAGUGACGUGUCUGAGUCGCUGCUGGAUAAGUGUCUGUACACCAACAACUCCCCCGACCCUGACCUGCUGAUCAGAACCUCUGGAGAGGUUCGCCUCAGUGACUUCUUGCUCUGGCAGACAUCCCAUUCAUGCCUGGUGUUUCAGUCAGUCUUGUGGCCAGAAUAUUCCUUUUGGAACUUGUGUGAAGCUAUCCUUCAGUUCCAGAUGAACUACAGUGCUUUACAGAAGGCCAGAGAUUCCUACCUGGAGGAGAGGAGGCGACAGCAGCUGGAGAGGGACCAGGCUUACGUGACCAAGAAGCUGCAGCAGGAGGGCUGUGUGUCCCACGGAGACUCGCGGCGCCGGCGCACGCUGCUGCAGAAGUGCACGGCCCUGAGGGAGGAGAGGAUCCAGGGCUUCCUGCAGGCCCUGGAGCACAAGAGAGCAGACUUCUUGGAGAGACUGUGUCCGGUGUCUGCGUGACACAGGUGCUGGCUCUGGGGAACACAGCCUGCAGAGCUGCUGCCACAGGGACUGGCCCAGCGGGUCCUGCCCUGGCAGCCGGGGCUGCUCCAGGAGCUCCUGUCCUGCUGGCCCUGCCCCAGCAGGGAUGGCUGCUGUGAACUCUCCUGGCCUGGGAUGCUGCUGAGGAAGGUGGUGCCGUCCUGUGUCACCUCCCUGCCCUGGUGACAGAUCCCUGCACCCUGCUGGGUCUCUGCUGCUGGGUCCUUGGCAGGCCAGGUGUUGUGGUGACAAGAAGUUAACUGCGAUGAGCCUCCUGCAGUUCUCUGAUUGCUCCUGAGCUGGCCCAGCCUGACCAGCUCAGUCCUGUUAAAUCAGCCUGGGCUCGGGUUGUUCCCAUGGCUUUGCAGUUGGAAUCUCCUGUAGAGAUGUCCUCUGCUGUCCCAUCCACUGAGCCCCGCUUUCUGCAGGGAGGGGAUUGUUCCUGGUGUCAGGGGCAGUCCCCACUGCCUGCUCACUGAGAGCACCUUGUCUUUUCCCCACCUGGCUGCUGGGUGGGAUGUAUCCACUCCUGCUUUCCAGAGAGCUAAAGGAAAGCCUUGCUGUAAGGAAAAAGAAGCUGCUCCAAAGCUUCAGCAGGUUCUGAGAUCUCUCCUGAGCAGUGUAUUGGGGAAAACCCAGGUGCAGAAGGUGCUGGACCACACUGACCUUGGGAAAGGCUCUGAGCAGGCAGGAAAAAAGGAUUGCUUGGGAAUGAACCUUCUCAGGAAGGAAAUUGGCUAAACAGGUGAUGGCUACCACAUGCCAAACCCUCUGAGGGAGUUCCAGGGAAUGAGGGUGGGCUUAAUUCAGGAAUACAGUAGCCAAAACCAACCUCUAACCCCAGCCCAAAUGGUUCAGAGGGGCAGUUUGGCCAGAGCAGCUGUGGAGUAUUGCUUGUUCUCAGUUUGCCAUAGGCAGGGAGAUGGACAAGCUGAUUUCCAAGGCUGUUUCCAUCUCUCAUUCCUCCUGGUUUCCGUCCCCACGAUCAAACUAACUGAAAAUGUCUUGACUUUUGCUCCUGAUGCACACACACGUGUGGCAGUACCAGCUGUUGCUGGGUUUUGAAGUGUUUCUUCUUACCUCCAGGUGAAAACCACAAAAUGCAGAUUUAACAGCCUUGUUGUAAGUGCUGCUCACUGAGCACUUGGCCUGUGAUUGUGAAGAAUUGUGUAGUCAAACUGGGAAUAAAGUAUAUUCAUACCAAAGUUAUUUAAAAAAUAACCUGAAUGUUUAAAAAUAUGUGGAGCUGCUUAUUUUAAGGUGUGAUGAAGCUGGAAUCCAGGUUUAAUAUAAUAAUAUUUAAUCUG